AUGGAGACAGUUGAUGAUGACGUAACCUUCCAAUAUGCCAAUGAAUGUGAUUUAGAGAUUCACUGUUCACCAUUUGGAUUAAGUGGAUUAUAUAUCAAAAUCAAAGGAACCAAUUUGAUGGGAAUUGGAAGUACUAUGGGAUUAAUUACAGGUUCAACCAAAGGUUUAAUACAUUACAAUGAUAGUCAAGAUUUAAUGGAUCAGAAGUACAAAUUAUAUUGUAUAGUUGAAGAUGAUGGGAUGUUAAGAAUAGAUUUCACCAAAAUAUCGCCAUUGAAUCAAACAUCUGAUGAAAUCACUCCAGAAGUUAGACAACAACAACAACAAGAUCGUAAAGAAGAACAAGCCAAGUUGGUCAGAAACAACAGUAACAGUAAUAUGAAUAGUACCAUUAUGGAUUCUAAUUUCAGUCACCUGCAAAAUGAUUUGAACAAAAAUGUUGAAGAAAUUAUUGGAAAAUCACCCAAUUCAAUCAAUACCAAUGAUAAUUCAUCUUAUUCAUCAUCAUUGAAAUCACCAAAUCAAGGUCAAGAAAAUGAUACAGUUGAAGAAGAUGAGUUACCUUCAUUAAUUUUCAGAGGUAAAUGUCCUGAUGGAAGACCUGAUAAUAUCGAACCUUUCAUUGGUAUUUUCUCCUUCGAAAGAGAAGAUUAG